AAAAUGCCAAAGUCGUAAUAAAUUAAAAACAAAUAAUAUACCGAUAUGUUAUACUGAGAGAUUGAUAUGUUGUAUUUGUGGUUAUAUUAUCAAAGUUCCAAUAUCUUAUAUCAUAUAUAAUAAAGUCUGUAUAGAAUACAUAACCUCUAAACUAUAAUUUAUCAAUAAAGAAUAAUUAGUUAUCAGUUAAAUGCUGUAAUCACUUUUGCAAUAACAACUUAUAAAAUAAUCGUAUUUGAAAACAAUGGGCAAACGUAGUAAAGCAGUUUUAUCAAAAGAAGCAGUAUUUGAUGAAGUAGAGAGCAAAGACAGUUCAUUUGAUGUUGAGCAUAAUGAAUUAUUAAAUAAAAAAAAGAAAAAGAAGGGUCUCAAAUCUGCGUCCUCAACAACCACCAGUGACAAAACACCUACAAAAGAAAUGCUGAAUUUUGAGUCGCAAGCCGUUAAAUCUUGUGAUUAUAUUAGUAAAAAGAAGAAAAAUAAAGUUAACAAAAAUGUUGAUGAAGAUACGUCUGAGGCAACAUCUACCAAACAUAAAGUGAAGAAGAAAAAAAGCUAUAAAAUAUCGGAAACCGAUGUCAACAACCAAAAUAGUAGAGAAGAUGUAAAAAAUAUAUCAAGUACAGACGUAAUUAAACAAAAUACAGUACAUGAUGAUGAUUCAACAAGUGAUAAUGUACAAAAUAAGAAAAACAAACAAACUUUCCAACACGACGAAAUGGAAGUCAAGGACGAAGAUAUUGAUAAUUUUUGUGAUGAAAUAGAUGAAGAAGAUAAUGAACAAUAUGAAAACUGGGUUAAGUUGAUAGAAGAGAAAUUAAAUCCAAAUAAAAAGAAAUAGUAUUAAAAAGUUAUUGACACAUCUUUGUUUU